CUCAUAUCUUAUUCAUUAAGUUUUAUAUUUCGAAAUUUGUUCUCGUGAGCACGCGAUUGUGAAUCAUUUCGUGAGUAGAUCGGUCUGGAUUUAUAAGAUUUGACCACGCCUUUCGGGUAAUACAAGGAAAUCGAGCGUGCUAUUCUGUCGUACAAGAUCCUUCGUUAGCGGUAUAUAACGUCAUAUCAAUACCUGGACACAGGUAAUCCCACGGAACACGUGACUGAGCUCAGCUGUGGCAAGAACGGUUUUUUUUCUGAAAAGCAAGUCGACGCCGAGAUUACAAAAUGGUGGCUGGAUGUGGUGCGAACCUCGCCAAAGUUGUGUUAGUGGUUGUGAAUAUCAUAUUUCUGUUGCUUGGUUUAGGAAUCGCAGUUGCAGGACUUUACUUCAAGUUCGGCGAGGACUUACUUCAAGAUGACAUCAAAGAUGCGCUGGACAAAAUCGACCUUGAUAUGGUUGGUGGAGUGGACGUCUACACGAUGCUCGACCAGCUGUCCAACAUCUUCAUCGUCGUCGGCUUCAUCAUCUUUGCCAUCGGUUUCUUUGGAUGUUGUGGAGCAUGUUGUCAAUGGAGAUGGAUGCUUGUGAUCUACGCCAUUGUCGUGAUCCUUUUGAUGAUUGUCCAGAUUGCCGGAAUAGCGCUGUUUGCUUCCUUUAAGGGCAAGAUAAAUAGCUCUUUCUCGGAGGAGGCUACUAAGGUGUUGAAAGAUAAUUAUAAUGCAGCAAGUCCAACCGACGAAACGAAAAAGGUUAAAGCCGCAUUCGAUCGGAUGUUCCAAACAUUUGAGUGCUGCGGGAUCAGCAACUACUCGGACAUUUCACCGGGUGGCACCACUCUACCACUUGUGUGCUGUCAGACGUCCGCAACCACGCCUCCUAUAUGUUUGCCUGCUAAUGCUAACGAAGGUUGCUUCACGAAGUUAGACGAACUCUUCUCGAAGUACACAACUAUCUUCAUCGCUGUUGGUGUUAGCGUCAUCGUUUUCCAGUUGCUGUGUGUGAUCUUCAGUUUCUGUUUGUGUACUGCCAUCAGUCGUGAAGGUGCUGUGUAAACACGAGAAGAAACUAUAGACCAAUUAAACAGUGUCCAUAAGGGGUGACUGACGUCACAGGCGGUUUUAAUAGAAAGUGACUGACGUCACAAUCAAUAAUUCAGCAACUUUACUAGUGUUGUAGAAACGGAAUCAUUUUUCACGAGAAAAGUUAAGGGUUGAGCCAAAAUAUGAUCCAAUUUGUUUAUUGAAUUGUACAUUUAGCAUUUAAUAUUCAACGUAUUAAUGAUACAUUUUUGAAGUUUAAGAUAACUAGGUUUGUGGAAUUCUCAGCAUAAGCAAGGAACAAUUUUAUUUAAUUCAUUUAUCAUAAUCACACCAUCAAUACAGUCUCUCUUCUGCGUUCUAUUUGUGCUUGUUUACAUUCCUCUGUGUUAUAAGUAUGCGCCUUUCCUCGGAUACAGCCUUGUUCAAUGCUAUGGUUACCACGAUGUGUCCUUGGUUUUGAUUGGCUGCCAUGCCAGCCUUACUAUAUAGGUUUUCUUCAUAUUUUUCUCAUAUAUCAUAUCAUAAUGUGUAAUGAUUAGUAUUGAACAUGAAAACAGAAAAAUAAGUUUUGAUGUUAAUUUUUUGUCCUGAUUUUCGUUAUACACUAUUAAUGCAGCUUGAUUAAUUAUAGUUUAAAUGUGAAACAUUUUUGCUGGGUGCAUUUACCUAUGCUUGGUAAUAUUAUAAUACUGUACCAACUACAAACAUUCAUUGUAGUCCAGGAUGCUACUGAAAACUGUGUUAAAUGUGUACUAAUAGUGGACAUCAGAUUAGUUAUCUAUAAAAGCGACAUGUCGCGAAAGUCGGCACACGCAGUGUUUGAUGUUAUAGAGUAUAAUUGUUUAUAUUUAACAUUACAUGUGUACUUAAUUGUAUCCAAACAUAUGGCUGUCGAUAGGAAAACAGCCCCAUUAACACCGGUGUGUAUUGUGAUUACGCUUGGAAAUAUUAGAUAAUAAUGUUUUAAAUUAGCUUCGCUUUCAAGAUUGUCACUAAUUAUUGCGAUUGAUCACAAUUAAAAAGUGUUAACACAAAUGUGUUACGUUGUAAACGUUGUGACAGCAUUAUAUUGUAAAACGUCAAAAGGGUUUUGAGUUCUAUUCAAAAUUUAUAUAUUUGAUCAUCAAAAGCAUACGAAUAUAAUGCAUUAAAAUCAACCUAAAAUAAAACGUUAAGGAUUGACAAAGAUCAUCCUGUAUAUUAUUUCAAAUAAGUAUAGUCAUAGAUACAUUGUCUGCUAUUCACCUGUCAUAUAGAUCACAUGUACAUAUUUGUUAUAAUUUUGUUACACAGAAGAAUUUCUUAUUUUUUCAUAUUAAAUGAGCUAAAACAUGUUUUAAACAUCACAGGGUCUUUGUAAAACCUACCCAACAUUUUUGCCAAUCGAUUUUACUAUAAAUGUUUCAUAUUUUCAUAAACACAAAUCGAAUUGAAUGCUUUUGAAAUUGUGAUACCUGGAGUGAUUCCAGCUGAAUUAUUAUUAUAAUUGGUGUAUAUAUAACAACGUAUGUAAGUUUGAUGUUUACGAGUCGUUGUUGUCCUGUAUUGUUCUCUAACACUUGAAACAUUCGACUUUCUUACGAAAUCCGGGAAUUAUUUGGUUAAUUUUAGCUCUGUUGUAUUAAAUAAAAAAAGACAUUGUAUCAAAAUUUUGAUAAAA